AAAUCCACUGCAGUAUUAAUCCAAGGAGGUGCUUUGGGGACAGUUGGCAGUACAAUGGCUUCUCAGUACCUCAUAGUGGCUCUGGCCAUUUUCUCCUCUUUUACCCAGGUUGUAAUAGAAGCCAGCUCUUGGUGGUCUUUAGGGAUGAACCCCAUGAACCCCAUGAACCCUGUUCAGAUGUCAGAGGUGUAUAUAAUAGGAGCCCAGCCACUCUGUAGCCAGCUAGCAGGGCUUUCUCAAGGACAGAAGAAACUCUGCCAAUUGUAUCAGGACCAUAUGCAGUUCAUUGGAGAGGGUGCAAAGACGGGCAUUAAGGAGUGCCAGUAUCAGUUCAGACACAGAAGAUGGAAUUGCAGCACUGUGGACAACAACUCUGUUUUUGGCAGAGUCAUGCAGAUAGGGAGCCGAGAGACGGCGUUCACCUACGCGGUAAGCGCAGCUGGGGUGGUCAACGCCAUGAGCCGUGCCUGCCGGGAGGGUGAGCUCUCCUCUUGUGGCUGCAGCCGAGCUGCACGGCCCAAAGACUUGCCCCGGGACUGGCUUUGGGGCGGCUGCGGGGACAACAUCGAAUAUGGAUACCGCUUCGCCAAGGAGUUCGUUGAUGCCCGGGAACGCGAGAGAGUUUACCAGCGAGGCUCCUACGAGAGUGCCCGCAUCAUGAUGAACCUGCACAACAACGAGGCCGGGAGAAGAACUGUGUACAACCUGGCUGAUGUGGCAUGUAAGUGCCAUGGUGUCUCUGGUUCCUGUAGCCUGAAGACGUGUUGGCUGCAGCUUGCCGACUUCCGCAAGGUAGGCGAUGCCCUGAAGGAGAAAUAUGAUAGUGCUGCUGCCAUGAAACUCAACAGCCGGGGCAAGCUGGUGCAAGUGAACAGCCGCUUCAACGCACCCACCAUCCAUGACCUGGUCUACAUCGACCCCAGCCCUGACUACUGUGUGCGCAACGAGAGCACUGGGUCCCUGGGCACCCAGGGCCGCCUUUGCAAUAAGACCUCGGAGGGCAUGGAUGGCUGUGAACUCAUGUGCUGUGGCCGGGGGUACGACCAGUUCAAGACAGUGCAGCGAGAGCGCUGCCACUGCAAGUUCCACUGGUGCUGCUACGUGAAAUGCAAGCUCUGCACAGAGAUCGUGGACCAAUUUGUGUGCAAAUAG